AUGUAGAGGAAAUGUUUUCGCUGUACGUCCAAUAUAUUGUAUAUAAUCCAAUAAUCUAUUGGUCUUCUUGGAUUAUACUCAUUUCGGAUAUCUCAAUGAAUAUUACGUAAGCUUUAUGCAUUUAUUCUUUUUACAUUUCCGGUUGUGAAUAAUUAACUCCGUGGAUGUAAAAACACAAUUACCUUUUUCCCUAUAGGGUGUGUAUUUAAGUAUUUAACAGGUUGAUCCACAUGGGCUUUGAGAACUAUCGUUCACGGCUGGUAAGGUAGUAUGUGUGUAGCGAUUGAUUUAUAUGUAUACGUGACUCUUGAGAUGGAUCCAUCCGACAACGGAUGUUAUGGGCUUUACAGUGUGUGAUUUCAUACAUAAUUGAUGGAGGGAAACCCGUGGCAACCUCAUCAUGUUCAGUACCAGCAGCCACCACCGGCACACGAGGAAGAGAGACUAUGUAACUCCCGAGAAGGAACGGCAGUGUUUGGACAGGCCGAAGGUUCACAGACAGAGGGGCUAGCACUCAGAGAUCCCUGUCUAAUAAGAGACGACUGUGAUGAACAGGUCGAAACUGAUAACCGUUCACGUCAGACGCAGCUGCCCCAGAUGCAGAAUCAUUUGGCGGGAAACGAACAGCAACAACUGACGGUGACUGAACAGAAUGGUCUUGUACCUAGAAAUCAGAGACAUGUGGACUUAGAUCAGAUUGUGCGAUCUGAAAGUUUCGUAGAUUGUCCUCAGACACAAGAGCCACCGGCACCACAUGUUCCUGUACGACCGGAAGUGUCAACGUCAUUUCCUGUUGUUUCACACGCGCCUCAUAGUAGCGAAAAUCGUCAAAAUGGACAUUCUCUGUGUAAUCCACAGGAUUCUAAUACAGGCCGGGGUCGUACCCGGAUAGACAUGGCUUUGCUGACAGCUCCACCCCCCGGGCAGGAGGAAGAGGAAACGGAGGCAGUUGAUGAGUUCAUUGUGCCAAUUCUCCCAAUCCCCAUGGCAAUCGCAUGCUGUCUAAUGAACUUCGCGGCGCCGGGACUAGGGACCAUCGUGGCGGGAAUGUGCAUGCCAUGUUGUGGCGAUGCCGAGGAGAUGUCUCGGCGCCGGAAGUUAUGUUCUGGCGCAGCCGUAGUUGGUGUGGGGUUCCUGCAGCUUCUUCUUACAGCCUGUUUCCUUGUUGGUUGGAUUUGGAGCGCCAUCUGGGGGUUGUCCCUCGUUGGUACAUCAUUGGAUUACUACGAAAAGCCGCAAGAAGUAUCCAGCUGGAGAAAUCGUGUCAGCAGUGCGCGCGCACAGUCAGACAGUACAUGUGGAUGCUUUUCCCGGCCACUAGGCUCCGGCAGAAGACGGCCUCGUUCUAAUUUCAUCUACCCGAUGAGGGCGCCAUCUGACAUCGACCGAGAUAGCCCGCCACCACCCUACGUGAUGUUUGCCACACCCCCUCCUUCCUACAGCCCGCCAUCCCCUGCAGUUGGCGCCAACAGUAACGCUGGUCAGCUCCCGACGCAAGACUUGCCAGAAAAUAAUGAAACCCCAAAUCUCAGCUCCGCAAAUCGAUGUGCAGUGUGCCAGAAAGAUUUCGUUACAGAAGAACACAGGUUUUCCUGUCGGCGGUGUACAGAUAUUGUGUGUGGUCAUUGUUACACAAAACGUAUUCCAUUCCAAGGGGGAGAUUGCUCUAUCGUGUGUGACGUAUGUUAUAAUGAACAUCUCGAGAUGGAGGCGGAAAUGAACGACCACAUAUAGCACUGCGCAAGCGCAAUAGACGUAUCGGUUUUCAAAACCGAUUUGGAUUAACUUAUUUCAUACCGUUUUUAAACAAUAUUGAAUCAUAACUCGAUGUCCUUACUAGGAUUUUAAAAUUUGGUAUGGAUGUUACAAAGAUCAAGCUCAGCUACAGAACAUGUGGUGAUACACACAAGACCAUUCUCUGGAAUUUAAGUAUGCCUACGAUAUUAUGUAUCUGGGUGUUUGUGAACUUCUUAUAGGGAGAUGAUUUGAUCUUCAUCAGACAGAUGCUUGUUGAAUUGGCGAGAGUUUUACUCGCAUAUCAAGCGUUUUGUCGAACAUGAUGUAUAACACAAUGUUACUUUAUACUGUGAUAUUCUCUCUCCCAGGGUUCAUAGUGCCAGUAAAUAUGUUGGGGGCCGCAAAGCACUCUGGGAGAUAUGUAUAAUGUGAUAGAAAUAUAUUAUGGUGCUGAUCUUCGGUUUGGUUUAAGAUUCAUUUUUGACUUCGUCUUGUUAAUAUGUUAUCUCCUCAUUUCCAACGUGAGCGGGCGUUUUCCUGGUGGUAUACACACCCGGAACUCCUCGGGGAAUCUACAUUAUUUCAGUGACAAUGCCCGUCAAAUACUUACACUUGGAUGUCAAUAUUUUCAUAAAAAUAAGUAUGUUCAUUUAGUGAUUAUAAGAUUUAAUAAAUCAAAAGUUUCAUACACA